AAUGUUUUUAACCGCUGCCAAGUAUUUGUGUAUCACACUUCCGUUUGCAUAAAUCUCAAUGAAUGUACAUAUAUAUGUGUACUACAUAUGAGCGUGCAUGUGUGUUUUAAGAGUGCUGUGAAAUAAUAAAGUUAUUGUUUGUUUAAAGAAAACAAAACGUAAAUAGGAAAGGUUGAGUUAUAAGACAAUAGAACCAUUGGAUAUACAACGAAAACUUGAAAGGUGGAGGCGACUACUCUUGAACGAAACUGAACGAGACCAGAAACCUCCAACCUUUUUGCAAAUAUAAUGUCAAAUCAGGCCGAAAUAGAUUAUGACAAACAAUUUCAAGAGGACUUGGCCAAAGCCACGGCACUGAGCUUGGAGCAGCAGGCACUUGACGACUACAGACGCCACAAGAAGUAUGGCACUACUUAUCACUAUGAGCGCCCCACCUCGACCGGCAGCGGUGGAUCAUCUCGGGAGUACUACGCGUCAUUGCGUGCUCAGCACCUUGCACGCGAAAACUCGCUUGAAGCGGCACGACCCAGUCAUAUACAACGCCGCCACUCGGAGGCGCAUCCGUCAAAUGUGACACCUAGUGUUGAACGGUCGCAUACACCGCCAACUCAAACUGCUUCAGAAAAUGAUUUGAUUUGCUUUGCGAGUCCAACGAGCAAGCAGGCUGACGGCACCAAUACGUUUGAGAAGCUCAUCGAGGAUUUGCAGAAGAUUCAAACAACGAGUACACAGUCGGCGCUUGUGCCAGUAGGACCUGUAGCUGCGGCGGCGCCCGUUCACUACGCACCUGUGAGCUAUCAUCAGCCGUACGGUGCUGCGACUCCGCAGUAUGUCGGCGGUAUGCAAAUGGUGCCUUAUCAGCCACCAACACAACAGCGGCAGACGCCUCUCACUAACGAAGAGUUGCAGAAACUUUACAGUUUGCCAAAUCAAUUGGUCCCAGCCCAGCCGCAUAUUGGAUUCGUUCCUCCCAGCGGUUUUGCAUACUACCCGUCAGCGGCAACUCCUUAUUCACCACAAAUUGUGGCAGGAUCGGCUGCAUUUCUACCACCUCAAUAUCCGGCGCAAGGAUUUGGAUUUACCCAUUUAUCGCAGCGAUUCCCAACUUAUACAGCAAAUAGAAGCAGCCCUACUCACGUCGAUUUCGCGCGACCGAAUGUUUCAGCAGCUAGCAGCCAAUCAGCGUCUAACCCAUCUACUUCACAUUCCAACGAGACGAUGCCAACGGGUGUAGCUACUCGACAGAUGUCGCCAUCGAGCAGUAACGGACGUCUGUCUGCACAGCGCACAGGCAAUGAUUUGAUUGACUUGAACCAGAAUGAUGACUCGCGUGUGAGUGUAUUGGAGGCUUUCGAUCCAUUGCUCAACGAGAAUUCAGCCAACGACUGCGCCUCGGACAGCACAUCCUACUAUGCUGAAUACGAUCCAUUCGACUUUCUGUACAGCGAUGGUGGCACACAGUAUUCGGAUCCCAUGUACGAAGCAGUCAACAGAUGGGACAAAUCAUCCGGUAGUCCCAAUGCCAGUGCUAUUGGGUGGCGUCAAGAUUACUUUGCCCUGCCGGUGGACGAGCCAAAGGUUGACUGUGCGAGCACAACACCUUCGGGCUCUGCUUCACCGCCACCGCCGUUGCCGCCUCGAAAUCAGCACCAGUAUGAAGCAGAGGUGCCUGUGGGCAGCAACGCCCAGCAAAUAUCGACGACAGCGCCCUUUACAAAUAGCUACACCUCAUCGAUACCACCAAGUGUAGUUCUGGAUCGACGAAAAACGUGCACAAGACUCUACGAACUGAUCAGUGAGCAGCGCACCGAUGACCCCGAGCUGCUAGAGUUUUAUCAUAUGGUCCGGGAAGUGCGAGCCCACUACCUGUUUGAUGAUUUAGACACAAAUACCGGACAUGUGAUAGCUGCAGAAUUUAAUUACCACUACAUGCUGGACACCAGCAUCAAGAUAAUUGUGCAUCCAGCUCUAAAUGCUCUUCAACCGCAUGCAGCACGCGAUUCGGCUGCCGGUGAACAGUUCAAAGGCUACGGCACGCCGGUCACUUUUACCUGCGACAUUGACUCCGUGGUAUCGCAAGUGAUAGCGCAGGCUCUGGCAUCGCUGGAAGGUCAGGUCAGGGGCACAGUAACGGAUUAUGUGGUCAAGCCAAUUGGGUUAAUGGAGUGGUUGGCGCCCACCUCGAAACUUAGUCAGUUGGAGUGUGUACAUAAUAGUUUCCAACUUGAGAAAGAUGUCCAUUUGGGCUUAUGUUUACGCAGCGUGGACAACAUGCAGGCGAUAGCACGUACGGCCCGCGAUGAUGAGCAGGACAUUGCCCUGCAACCGGAGCGCAUACUGCCCAAUGAAGUAGUGCCCAUUGUCACUUACGACAACAUGAUGAUACUCAUUGAGACGCUAGAGACAGAGAUCGAUAAGUUGGAGUCUGCAGUAGACGCGAGUAGCACGCGCAGCGUUGUCUCCUGCUCAGGAGUAGUGCAGGCUGUCAAAGCCAUUUGUGCGCUUUUGGGAUCAAUUGAUACGCUCGAACUUGCGAGUUGUAUUGCGGACUUAAAGCGCAUCUGUGAUGAGGCCCAGAGCAAAUACGCGCCGCUAGCGGGUGCCAAUAAUCCAGAGAUCGUCAGUGAUUAUGGUGACUACGCCGAGGUGAAACUACGACCACGGUCUAUGCUUGAACAGAUUAAGCUGAAGUGCAACAAUCUACGAGACGCUGUGCAGGAGCUGAUCGAGCUCUAUGCCAACGUUUUUAGAGUUGCGUUUUCGGUGAAGACUGUAAUCUAUGCCACAACACCAAUUCCAAUAUCAUGUGUAUCGAAACCCAUUGUGGUUAGCAUAAACUGCUUACACAGACCGCCUCCAAAUUGGAAAUACGAGGACUACUCGCUGUGCGUGCAGAUCGUUUACGGCACGCGUCUCAUUUCACAGCCCAAUGUGUUGAGAUGUUCAAACGAUACAAGUGGAGGACUGUUUCCGCGUCUUAACUUCAGUGCUUGGCUCACCUUCGAGAAACAUCCGAUAUGCACUUUACCGCGGGAAGCACGUAUUACCUUUGUGCUGUAUGGCAAGCAGGCAGCUAAUGAAACUGACACCAGUGCGGAACCCAAUGGGGAGCGUCGACAGGUGACUACUGAGUUGGGCUGGUGCUCAAUACAGCUAUUCGACUUUAAGCGCGAGAUGAUCUGCGGUCCGUAUCUGUUGUCAGUGUGGCCUCCAACCCAGGAUAAAUUUCUUGGUCCGGCCCCAGCACGCGGCUGUCAUCCACAUCCCGACUAUUGUCCAGUGCUGAGCAUUGAAGUUCCGCAUUAUGGUGGUCGUAUCCAAUUUCCAGAUCAACUAGAGCCACCAAAGCCAGCACCACACUAUGACUUUGCUUCGCUGGACGCCAAUCUACAGGAAGAACUACUGGACACUGCGGAACAGGGCUACCUUGGUCCAACCGAGCGUCGUGAGGUAUUUUGGGAGAAGCGUCACUACUUGCAGAGCUACCCAAAUGCAUUGGCCAAAGUUUUGCAUGCUGCGCACAGCUGGGACUACGCAAAUCUCAUCGAUCUACACGCUUUGCUGCAAUCAUGGGCUCCGCUGUCGCCGCUACAAGCCUUGGAGCUUCUACUUCCCAGCUACCCUGAUGCUAAGGUGCGGGAAAAGGCCGUUGAAUGGAUUUCGUACAUGUCCAAUGAUCAGCUGGUGGAUUUCUUGCCGCAGUUAGUACAAUCGCUUAAGCACGACACUUACGAGGCAUCGCCUUUGGCGCGAUUUUUACUUGCCAAGUGUCUGGAAUCUCCGCGUUUCGCACAUCAUAUGUACUGGCUUUUGGUGCACAGUUUGCCUGACGAUCCAUUGAAUUCAAUUGGUUCGUCGGAGGUGGAUCAGGAGUAUGAUGAGUCGCAAAUAACGCAGGCGCGAUAUUACCGCAGGAAUAAAAUGAUGUUGCGCGCACUUAUGGCAAUUUGCGGUGAGAAGAUGGGAACACGUUUUAUGCACCAACACCGCAUGUGCCAAGAUCUGGCACAAACAGCCGAGUGUGUGAAGGAUGCCAAAGAGUCAAUGCGCCAAAAGAUUUUGACCACCAAGAUGGAUGUGGUGCAUCAGGAUCUAACAAAUCAGCCCACAUGCUUACCCCUGGGCCCUGAACUUGAGGUUACAGGGGUGAAUGUCCGGAACUGCAGCUAUUUUAAUUCCAAUACUCUGCCGCUGAAAAUAAGCUUUAUCGGGCCUGAUGCUGAACCAUUACCAGCUAUAUUUAAGUGUGGCGAUGAUCUGCAGCAAGAUAUGCUAACCAUACAACUAAUACGCAUCAUGAACAAAAUGUGGCUAGCCGAACGCCUCGAUCUCAAGAUAGUCACAUUUAAUUGCGUGCCCACUGGUUACAAAAGAGGCAUGAUAGAGCUUGUCUCUGAAGCAGAAACAUUACGAAAAAUCCAGGUGGAAUGCGGUCUAACCGGCUCCUUCAAGGAUCGGCCUAUUGCCGAAUGGUUGGGCAAGCAAAACCCAAGUCCGCUGGAAUAUCAGAGUGCAGUACGAAACUUUACGCUUUCAUGUGCUGGAUACAGCGUAGCUACUUAUGUCCUUGGCAUUUGUGAUCGACACAAUGACAAUAUUAUGCUUAAAACUUCAGGUCAUCUUUUCCACAUUGACUUUGGAAAGUUCCUAGGCGAUGCACAAAUGUUUGGAAACUUUAAAAGAGAUCGCACACCUUUUGUGCUUACCUCAGACAUGGCGUAUGUAAUUAAUGGUGGAGACAAACCCUCCACCGAUUUUCAUUACUUUGUGGACCUGUGCUGUCGUGCCUUUAAUAUUGUACGCAAGAAUGCUGACUUGUUGCUUCACACGCUCGCCCACAUGGCUACGGCAGGCAUGCCGGGCGUUAAUUUAAACGCGGUGACUUAUGUAAGGCGUGCGCUACUCCCAUCUCAAUCUAAUCCGGAGGCUGCCGCCACAUUUGCCAAGAUGAUACAGUCGUCACUGAAGAGCUGGUUCACCCAAGUUAAUUUCUUUCUGCACAACCUGGCGCAAAUGCGUCACAGCAAUGAUGAGGGCACGGGUGAGCUGCUCUCAUUUGUUCCGCGAAAAUAUACUAUGCAGCAGGAUGGCCGUCUGAAGAUUGUCAGUGUAGUGCGCUUCCAAAAGCACUAUAAUAUGGAAAAGUAUUACAUGUAUAUUCUACAAGUAACGCGACACGGUCAGCCAGAUCCGACGCACUUGUUUCGCUCGUACCGUGAAUUCACCGAAUUCCAUCAAAAAUUGUGUAUGCAUUUCCCACUGGUUAAGUUACACAGUCUUCCAACGGGGGUGCACGUAGGCCGUUCAAAUAUUAAAUCUGUUGCCGAAAAGCGCCUACCUCUAAUCAGGCGUUUCCUGAAAUCACUUUUUGAUGCUGCCGAGGAGAUAGCGCACUCCGAUUUAGUGUACACCUUUUUCCAUCCGCUGCUUCGCGACCAACAGGAGGCAAAAUUGGAGAUGCCCAAGAUAAAAGAAGUCAAACGCCAGCCAUCACGCGAUAAUCCAAAUGAAAUCGGUCAAAUCAGAUUAUCGCUUCAAUAUCAACGCGGUGUACUAACUGUGAUGAUACACCACGCCAAAGGACUGCCAAUGCUGCAGGGCGGGCAGGAGCCGAACACAUAUGUAAAGUGCUACCUGAAACCGGAUCCAACUAAAGUGACCAAACGGAAGACCAAAGUUGUCCGCAAAACGUGUGUGCCUAGUUUUAUGGAGACACUUGAGUACCGUAUGCCUCUGGACGUUGUGCAGCAGCGACGAUUACAAGUAACAGUCUGGACUCAUGAUACACUGCAGGAAAAUGAACUGCUCGGUGGCUUUGACAUUGAUUUGUCAAAACAUGAUCUGCGCAGUGAGCACUGCGAUUGGCAUCGCCUUGGAUCAGUACCUAGGAAUUGAACGUCUUUUUUCCUACUUUAGGCAUGAAUUAGACGGAAUAACCAUAUUUGGUGUUUUACUGUCGCUUUAACGCAAUACAUCAUUCGCAUAUACUCAAAGUGAUUGUACAUUCCAAUAGCUUAUACAUACCUACACAUAUAUAAAAUCAGCUGACAUCAGUUUUAACUUUUAAUUGCAAUUGUACAGAUUAAAUGUACUGACAAAAAUCAUCCAUUACCAAUGUUUAAUAACGUGAUUUUGGCUUUUUAUUUAUUUUUUAACAAAUUUUCUCACAAAGCUGUGGCACAAAAUAUAUGUGUUGAUUAUUUGAACUGUAUGUUAUUUUAAUCCUAUAUCUGUAAAUUCUUUUUUUAAACUUUCGAUUAAUAGUUUACUUGAUGUUUUGAAAUUGUGAACUUUAAUGGGAAGGAGUUUUGUAGUAACGCCUGUAUAUCUACCACCAAUAACUCUUACAUUUGAAAAAAUUUAAAGGUCGUGUUGUGAUGCAGUAUUAAAGAAAAUAUAAACUAAACAUGGCAACCACAUCCCGCUUUCUUUAUUUUAAUGUUUAUUGUUUAUCAGUCAUGAGAUAACAUAUUUAAGCACAUUACAAAUAUUACAUUGCAUUAUUAAACGCAAAUCGUGGGCAAAUGACUAAUCUAGAAAUGGUUGUCAAAUUUACAUUUGAUUCAUUGUGCAUAUAUCUUUCAUAACUCGAAAUUUUUAAGUUUGCUGUAAGUUGGGCAAAAUACUCAUCUCGGAUACCAUUAUUGAAAUUGCGCCAGGAAGGCCUGCUUGAGAAUAAUGUGUCAAAAAACAAAAAUAUUAUAUGCAUACACUCGGGAAGCUUUUUAGAAAUGUUAAUUUUAAAAAAAAUAAAUAUCAAAUAUAUUUUGAACAAUAAAACAUUAUUUUCCACAAGAAAUAAAUAAAAAUAAGAAAUUAAUGUAGCACCAACAAAUUAUAUUUUUGUAAAGUAACUUU